UGAGACAUAUAGCCUCAUAAUAAGUACAAUGAUUCUCAGUCUUACAGAGCCACCUACUUCUCCAUCUGCUCCAACGAUAAUUUCACAACAAAACCAACCCAACUCCUCCAUUAUAUCACUCUGGAAUGGGACUCCCCCUCCUCUACUGGUAGAGUGUCUGUCAGCUAUGUCCUCACCAUCUCUCCAACACCUCUCUCCGGAUCACCAGUCACCGUGGAGACCACCUCAGCACAGAUAACUGUUUCCUACAACACUCCCUACAAUGUGACAAUCAGAGCUGUCAACUGUGCAGGAUCGAGCAGUGAUGUGAUGGUGACAAUUCCUUUUAUUGUUACCUGCCCCUCCAACCCAACACCUGCCGAUCGAGUGACCAUUAAUAGUGCUCCACCACUGCCUGCACUAGUAGGAUCAACUCUUAGCUUCACUUGCAAUGGACAGAUGGUACCAGCAACCUGUGAGAGUAAUGGACGAUGGUCACCUGACCCCACCACAUACGUCUGUCUCUCAGAUCUCACCUGUGGCUCUCCUGCUGCACCAUCCAAUGGCAGUGUGGACGUCAGUGGUGGGACACCACCCUUCUCACUGGGUUCAGAAGUCACCUAUCGCUGUGACGAUGGACUGUUCCCCCUUGAUGUAAGGACCAGCAUAUGCACUGAUGUGGAGGGUAGGGGAAAGUGGGUGCAGAAUCCUGGGAGCUUGUCAUUUUCUUAUAUAGUCAACUGCGCUCUUCCUACUGAGCCUUGCAAUGGUGCUAUAGUUGAGUAUGAGAGGUUGAACGAGACAGUGUUGGAGGGAACAGUGCUGACCUACCAGUGUGACAAUGGAUUCUCACUGACUGGACCCAACACCAUCACUUGCACUAAUGCUGGAGUCUGGAGCACUGAGCCUGAGGCAAUCAUGUGUGUAGUGAUGUAUCUUUUCUUUCGUAAGAAAGCAGUGUACUUCCCAGCAACUGAAGGACAAACUAACGCAGCGUCCACUGCACCAGCUGGUCCUGUUUAUGAGGAGGUGUCACCCAAAGAGGAGAUUAAACUCAACACAAACCAGGCGUAUGGACCAUUAGGACGGUGA